GUGAUUUUUGAGCAAGUUACCGUCUGAAGAAGCUCCAUACCCUCCCUUUCGUAAUGUGAGAAACAAGGAUGGACGAAAAUUAUAACCUCUUGCCUCACGGAGUCAAUUUCCAGGAUGCCAUCUUUCCAGACACUCAAGAGAACAGAAGGAUGUUUUCGAGCCUUUUCCAGUUUUCAAAUUGUUCUCAAGGGCAGCAACUGGCAACUUUUUCCAGCGACUGGGAGAUCCAGGAAGACAAUAGGCUCAUGUGCUCAUCAGUGCAGAAAGCCCUGUUUGAAGAGGAGGACCACGUCAAGAAGCUGCAGCAGAAGGUGGCCACCCUUGAGAAGCGGAACAAGCAGCUUCGGGAUCGAGUGAAGAAGGUCAAGAGAUCAUUGAGGCAGGCCCGGAAAAAUGGUCGCCACCUGGAGCUGGUGAACCAGAAGCUCAGCGAGAAGUUAGCAGCUGCGGCAGGCGCUGUCCCGCACAUUAAUGCCUUGGGGCAGGAGCCACCAGGUGCCACCUACCUGCGGGGGUAGCAGGGACUGAGCAGUGGCCUGGCCUGGCCCUGCUGGAGCAUGUUGCCUCUUACCAGGGAAUGUAAAAUGAUGGCAUGUUUGUGCACAUCGGUCAAAAAGUCUUGUAGAUGAUAUUUUUAAUAUGAAUUUGGUAGAGCCUACUUGCUUUAAGGGGCAAGUCUUGCUAUUUCCUUGGUUGCUGGGCCCCUUCCCCUCCCUGCCUUGCUCCCAGGCUGGGUGCUUGCAAGUCCAGAGCCCGCAGGAUCCUGGAGCAUCAUGUUCUUGCCUGGGGCCUGUCCUCUGCUUUCAGAAACACCCUGGAAAGUGUACUUACUGUGGAAAGAACAUUUUAGAAUCUCUAGAUGUACAGGAAUCAAGGGGUUCAGGCUUAGUUCAGAAGAAAAGCACUAUGAUCUCAGCUCCGAGCUUCAGGACCACCAAUAGUUUUGAGGAGAGAUCUGCAGCACGCCAUGGAACCUUCUCCUGUCUUAUUUGCCACAUUUUUGGAAGGAGGAUUUCAGGCUUGCAAAGCGCCCAAGGAUGCCUGUAAAUAAACAUGUGCAUUGUGUCUCUACUCCAGCCAGCAUUUCCUGAGAGCUGAAGCACUGUAAGCCUUACUAUAACGUCAUAACAGGUAGUAUAUUGAGUUGGGGAGAGGGGUGAGGAGCAGGUAAGUGAACAAGAUGAAUUAUACCUGAUUAAUAACACCUAAAGAAGAUACCUGUAGGCCACUUUACUCUAAAGGGGACUCGCUUUUACAGACUGGCCAUGUUUUAUCAAACCAUGGUCCUGAGUUGGAAGAGUCUGACCAGUAUCUCAGCCACUGCUAAACGCUAACAGUGCUCGUUCACUAACUCCUUCCAGCACCUCUGAUUUUGAGAUGAGUUGACCUAGUACACUAUUAACGUCUAUUCUGCAAAGUCACUUUCUUACCUCCUGGAAUCAAGUUUCCCAACCAGGCAGCUCUACAGUCUUGCCGCAAGCAUUUUCACCACAAACAUUUUUGCCAUGUAACUCAUUAGCUGUAAGGUAACGUUGCUGUCAGAGAUAAAAUGACUAGUUGAUAAUUUGGUUUCAUUUUUCCAUUGACAGAGUUCUCAUUUUUAUAUUGCAUGAAUCUUAGCCCUAAUAGUCUAUACAGUGACCAAUACACAUGGUGGUCUUAAAAUGGUGGAUGAUAACUACCUCCGUUGACUUGAUAGAAAAUACAGUAAGAAAACCAAUUAGAAGUGUGAAAUAAGACUGUAAGGUCAGACUGCGUACCAUACUGCCCUGCAGGAUGGCAAGUCAUCAGGUAAAACAACUCAGCUAGAAAAGCAUUACAACAUCUGGAAGGCUUCCAUCAUACAAUGCAAAGCUCAGUUACAAAUGUGCCUCCCAGUAUUUAGAAAACUGAUACUUCUCUUAGUGAUAUAAAAAUUAUUUCCUCAUUAUAUCCUUUUUAAGGUCUUUUAUUUUUUGUCAUUUUAUUUUUUAUGGCCAAAUUGCCUUCUGGCCAAUGAGUUAGGCAGUGAAAAUGCUUGUGGCAAAGAUGCCUAAAGGGAAAAUACCGGACAUGGUUCCAGGCAUUCCAAGCACUUUCACCUCCUAGGACUGUCCAGCCCUGGGAGGAAUGUUGGCACGUGAGUCCACAUGUCAAUGCAUCCAGGUUUGUACAUGAUCAGAGCUCCUCAUGCUCAUUGGAAAAGACGCUUUAAGGACCGUACAAGCAAAAAGAGUAUCCACUAGAUCUAAUAUUCAUUUGAUCCCUUACUUUCAUAGCAUUUGAUCUAGUCCCAGUUGUGUUAUUCAGAAGGGAGCGGAGUGGCCGUCUUGUGAUUGUCUUCUGAUGGACCCCCCCCAUCUACCAGCGUCCCUUGGGCACUGUUCCAGAUGGAACCUGCAGGUUGCUCAUCAGGAAAUCUCCCCAUAGAUCACCCCAGACACUUCAGUGCUUGAUCACGAUGUCCUUUCCUUUGGAAAUGGCUAUUAUAUUGUGAGAUUUGCUCUGCACAUUCUUCUUGCUCUGGCAGCUGGUGGGAGGCUGGACUUCUGUCGCUUGACAGGCGAGCUGAUGCUCAAGGGGAGAAGUCUACACUCUGGACUGGAUGGGAGGGCAGCUCCUGUUUCAUUUCCACGCUUCUGCGGCUCCUUUAUUAGCUGUAUUCUUUUCGGUAUGAUACAAGGGUUUAUUAUUUCUGGGGCCAUUUCCUUAAAGCACUUUUGCUUCCACCCAAGGGAAUGACAAGCCGAAGGGUGAUUUAUAGCUAGUGUUUUGAGAACUGUGGAACUGGAUCCCUACAGAUGCAUUAUGUUCUACUUUUUUUUUUUUUUUUUAAUAAAUAUGAGCAGUAU